GCUGUAGAAGCUGCGGCGCUACCGCCAGAUUCUAUUACGGAUCAGCGAGUCCAUGGUCCGGCCAUGGUGAAUGAGGAUUGGGAUUCUUAUCAUGCUUUGCGCCCUAUCGCGCAGCAUAGGUACGAACAAGCAAGGCGUAGAUGCCUCGAACUGAAAGGUACCGGGCGACCUCCUAGGCGCGGCCGCAGUGCUACUAGGGAACAAAGCUUCAUCCCUGAUAUUCAUCGGAGGGCCGUGAUCCGAUGGGAAAACGGAGUGUCUGUCGGGGCCUUUGCCAAUGCUUUCAACAAUUUCCUCGCCGCUUUAGCCAGGAGACAUGAUUUCUUCAAUAUUUUUUUGACGUGGAAGUCACAGCGGAUUGAUGCGCUGGUGGCUUGUUGGAGAUAUAUAUGUCGAUUUUUCUUUCUUGACAAUAAUAUUUGUGCCUGGACUUACUGCUUCGCGCAAAUCAAUCUAUCGUUCAAGAGAUGGCGGCUUCAGGUGAAGAAAAAAUAUUUUGUUCAAAUAACAGAAGAUUGGGAGCGCUUCUGGCAUCUUGACGAGCGCGUAGAUGGAGUAGAUUUUUUUGUACUUUGUGAUUACUGGGACACGGCUGUAAUUCAGGCUCAAGCUAAAAUAGUAAGGAGGAACCGCAACAUGCCCCGCAGUUACGAGUAUCACGGGGGCUCCAGGUCCUUCAGCCAACAUUAUCAUCAAUUGGAGCUUGAGGAGAAAUUACAUGCCAAGGUACAGGAGCAAAUGUCUCAGUCUCAGGUCGGUUCUAACACUCUUGCCCGGCUAAGUAGAGAGGAGGACUCCAUCAUCGAGACGGUCAUUGGACCAAGUAGGAAGAACAGAUAUCAGUGGAGAGGAUCCGAGCAGAGACCGCACGAGUCUAGUAGCACCUGCGAGUCUGCAGCACCACCCCGAACACCAGGAAGCAGUUCAUAUCAAGACUCGAUGGAGCAGCGGUUGAAAGCGAUUGAAGAUUGGCAGUCGCAACAAAAAACAUAUCAGCGGAUUGCGGAGGAAGAACGGAGGCGCCGGGAGCAGAGAGAAUUGGAGUUCACACAGUUCAUAUCGACUCUGCCUCAGGAGGCUCAGGAGGCAUAUAGGAGACGGUUUAUGUCGGAUCAGGCCGGGACUUCUACACAAGGUGCAGCCGGGGGUAGUCACGGUGCAGCUGGUGUUGAGGAUGAUGAUGAUGAUCAGGAGGAUUGAUUGUAAUUAAUUUAACUUUGAAAAUAUUUUCUUGUGUUG